AUGGGCGCCGUCGAGGUCAAAGUGAAGUGCGUCGUCGACCUCAAGAUGGGUUCCAUCACAAGGAAUAAGGAGACAGCCGGCAACUAUACCAGCGUCCCUGUGUUCGUCAACACCUUGUACAACCUCGUCACCGACGUCUACGAGUGGGGAUGGGGCCAAAGCUUCCACUUUUCCUUUUCCAGCCCUAACCUCUCUUACCGCGACGCUGUGCACAUCCAUGAAAAACACGCUGACGAUCUCAUCAACGCGCAUCCGGGCCUCAAGGUCCUCAACGUUGGGUGCGAAGUCAGUGGUCUGAUGCGUGCAAUCACGGCCCGCCUCCGUUCCAACAUCACGAGAACCACCAUCAACGAGUACCAAGUUGCUCGUGUGUGCACUCAUAACCAGAAAGCCGGUCUUGACUUAAUCUGCGAUCUGGUGUGCGACAACUUCCUUUCGAUACCCUCCGUCUUCUCUCUCUCUCUCUCCCUCACUGUGCUUGUGCUAGAAACCAUUUUCAAUCGGUGA